GACUGUCGAGUCAACACACCUGACAGGUACUCGCUCGUCGGACACACAGAAGUUUGGGUACGCUUUUGGCAGAGCAAGAUUAUAUCAAAUAGAUAACCUUCACAUACCUCAAAAUGGAAAUCGGCGAGGUGAGGGUGGCGGAAGAUGCCGAUUUCAGAAAACUUAAAACGAUGUGUGACGAUCAUUCUGACUGGAAACUAGAAAUCAAUAAACAGAGCACGACGGUGUGGACGAAAACAAACGAUGUUUCAAAUUUCAAAAUGGUUAAGGUUCGCACAAUAUUUGACGACAUUGAUGCUGCCACAUUGUAUGAUGUCCUUCACGACCCACUGUACAGGAAGACUUGGGAUCAAACAAUGCUGGAAGGCUACGAGAUCUGUGUCAUUAACCCUUUCAAUGACAUUGGCUACUAUGCAAUUCGGUGCCCCCCUCCAGUGAGGAACCGAGACUUUGUAACACAGCGGUCCUGGUUGGACACUGGCACAGAGUUGUACAUCUUCAACCAUUCUGUCAACCACGAGAAAUGCCCCCCAAGGAAAGGUUUCAUCCGAGGUAUUUCAUAUUUCACGGGUUACAUGAUUCGAAAGCUGGAUAACGACAGAUGUCAGCUAACCUAUAUCUCCCAGUCAGAUCCUAAAGGCAAGUUGCCAUCAUGGGCUGUGAACAAGCUGACACACAUGCUGGCUCCAAAGGUUGUGAGUCGGAUUUACAAAGCUUGUAAGAAAUACAAAGACUGGAAGAGCAAGAACAACCCUCACUUUAAACCUUGGCUCAAUGCGGAGCAGAUGAUGAGUAACCUGCCUCGUCUUGACCCUGCCGCCAUCAAGCCCAUCAAUGCCGGUAUUUCACAAGAGUCUCUUGAUGAAGAAGAAGACAUAAACGAGGAGGAUAUACGAAUGGAAGAUUUUUAGCUUUAGUUGUAGUCAGAGUGUUGUAUUAUAUCAAUGACUGGGACCAAGGGUAAAUUUGAGGGACAUUAUCACCAACCAUCUUGAAAACCAAUACACCUUGUCUAUAAAGCAGUAGCCUUAUGUACUGUUUACAGAGGCUGACCUGGUCUAAAUCACAGACAACAGGCAUCUGCUGAUGACAUUUCAUAAGAUCAAUGGCCAAUUCUGAGAAGUGGAAGAGAAACAUAACUUUUGUAAAAACUAAUAUUUAGGACUGUUAAACAUGUGAAAGAUAGACUACUGACUUAUUUUGGGGUCUUGAUUUCAGUCUUAAUGUCAGACAUUUUUCGGAUCAAUAUCUGUUUUUGUUGGCACUUUGAAGAUCUUAGCACCAAGGGCACCUGUCAAUAUGUCUUGGCACCUGUCAUUGUCUGUGAAGAUCUUAGCACCAAGGGCACCUGUCAAUAUGUCUUGGCACCUGUCAUUGUCUGUGAAGAUCUUAGCACCAAGGGCACCUGUCAAUAUGUCUUGGCACCUGUCAUUGUCUGUGAAGUCUUAGCACCAAGGGCACCUGCCAUUGUAUUUGAAGCUCUUAGCAAAAUGGGCACCUGGUAUUGUGUGAGGGAGUCCGAGCUACAAGGGCACCUGUCAUCAUUUGUCAUCAGCAUGUGUCUUUGUCUGUGUAGACCAGGGUAGCAUGCUCUUUGUUUCCUACUCUCUGUAGUUCUCAUAAUUUCAUAGCAAUAAGGGGAGAGGUUUGGGUUGUGGAAUGCUUUUUAGAAAAUGUCACAUGACAAACCAUUUUCCCAAAAUCAGCAUUUACGUGAGUCACCUUGAUAUUAUCCAAAAGUUUUGAUUCCUUACGGAAAGUAAUAAGGUGUGGAACACACAGCUAUUAAUCAUUGUUUUGGUUCUCAGGCAGUGGCAAAAGCACCCCACAUGAAUAUACAUUUUGACUCUAAUCAACACAUAAUUAAUAAUUAUCACCAGUAAGCACUAAUUAUUCAAAAGUCAUUGCCUGGUAACCAAUACUUUUUUAAUCAACAGCAUAAUAGAUAAUAUAGUGUACACAUCAAUAACUUCAACUUUUAUGUGUGAAAUUUUACUUGGGAUUGGAAUCAUGUUGAAAAGGUACCAGUACCCACUGUUUAUUACCUGGGGAGCACUGUCUUUUAGAGAGACAAGGUGUUAGUCUUUUCAUCUUCAGAAGAUGCCAUUAUUUUUCUUGAAAAAGGGGAACAGAACAAUUCAAUUCCUUUUGAAACACAAUUCUUUUUCAGGACAUAGAGUUCUAUCAUUGAUUGUAAAUAUCUUUUUUUGAAAAGCCUAGGGACCAAUGAGUUUUGAAAUAAAUUUCAAGGUUCAUCGAAGUUGGGUCUCUCUGGGACCCUAAAGGAAUACACAUUCCUUAUCCACAAAUAUUACAUGAUGAGGUUUUUAAGAUGUGAAUCUACUGGAAAUCACCUUGUUGACAUGGACUAUUUCAUAUCAUUUGUGUUGGAGAAAGUUAAUUGUAGCAGUUUUCAUCAUAAAUUGCCAUGUCAUCAGAAAAUAAUUGCUUAAUCAGCACAAAAAAUGUUUUGUCAUCUUGGGGUAAUUGCAUAUUGUUAUAUAUGAAUGUUAGCACUAUACUUGAUCUUGUAGGUUACACUGGAGUGGUAAAUGUCAAACACAUCCACCAUUCUAGGCUCCCUACUACACUGUCACUGUGAUACAAGAGAAAUAUGUUAGAUGUGAAUUUAAACCCAACUUUCUCAUUACUCAUGGACGGAAAGGCCUUGGUCUUUCUCCAACUGUACAUUAAUGUUUUGAGCAGAUUACUUUAAACUAUAUACAUACUGUUUUAACUUAUCUACUGUCUCAGUACAUCGUUUCUUUCAAUUGUCCGAGAGAGAUUGUAUAUAAUCAAGACUUACACUUGCCUCUUGUAAACCUAUACUGAUUAUCCGUUACAGCCUGUUGAGGCUCAUUGAGCCUACACAGGCCUUGUUAGGCCUAUUUGAGUCCCAGGAAUUACUCUGUUGUUGAAAGCCCUCAGUGAAGGUAUACAUAUUUUUGUAUGUGAGGAUAUAUAUGUUAGGUCUUUUCAUAUUGUGUAUUUUGCUGCCUUUUACGCAGCUUUAAAAAUCAACAUCUGUUUACAUGUGAGUUGGUGUUUAUUAUAACUCAGCAUUUGAUCCAUUUUGCACUGGCAUCUUAGAUCACAAUUGUUUCGUAGGGCUGAAUGCAGCCUGGAAGAGUCUAUUGUUUGCAUUGGAUGGGUUGACUGUAUAGUGUUAUGAAGAACUAACUGGCAUUUCAGAAACUUUUGUAUCAGUGGACAUAUAUCUGUCUUAUAGAUUUCAACUUCUUUAGUCUUUCAGUGCAAUCUUUGUUUAUAAAUGUGCCAGCAUCUACCGAAAUGUUGCAUUGAAGUAGCAAAGAAGUUGAAUUCUGUAUGUCAUGUCAGUCUUCGGUGUUACAAGUUUUUCUUUGAGUGAAUAUAUCUUUUAACAUCGAUCCAGUGGUAUACUGAUAUGUGUUGUAUUUCCCUAAGGACAAUAUUCUGGUCUAGAGCAAAUAGUGGUAAAAUUCCAUAGUGAGAUUAAAAAUUCCAGAUAAUCAAAAUUGUUAUUUAAGUUUUUCAGAAGCAACUUGUAUGUCACUGAAAGGAACAAGAAAGACAAAAAAUUAGUUUUAUGUAAUUAUAAUGAAUAUCAAACUGGUGAUGAAACCUCUGAUUUUGAGAUUAUCUGAAACUAAGGGACCAAAGGUUUUAAGCAUGAACAAUGUAAUACUUUGUUCCAUGUUCACCUAAUGCAGAUACUUGGGAUAUAAUUCCAGAUAAACGUUCUUCUAUGUCAUGUCAGAUAAAAUUGUUUAACAUUCCAAUAUUUGGUAAUGAACCAUUUGAUCAACCACAGAGCAUGGGAUCGGGACAUCUUGGUAGUGUGGGAUGUUUGGUUUCACAGGAAUUAUU